AUGCUCUGCACGAGUGGUUAUGUUGACGAGGCCACCAGGUGUUCGAUCAAAUGUCUAGGAGAAUGCGGGGUGUGCGGAAUUGGAUCAAUACCAAGAUGCCAUGACACUCUACUUUCAGAUGGAGAAGAUGGCGUGAUACCCUACCGAUUCACUUUUCAAGCAGUGCAUAGAGACCUCGUUCGGUUGGGAUUCGGCGAGGAUGGGUUCGUUCGAAACGCUGUGGUCGAUAUGUUCGCCAAGUUCGGAGACAUUGUUAAAGCUCAGAGUAUCUUCAACAAGAUCGGUCACAAGGACACUUAUCUCAUGGAACUCCAUGCUGACUUGCGUACGUUCGUCAUGGCCUCGCAGCAGAGGCAUUCCGUCUCUUCGGCAGGAUGA